AUGAACGCUGUUCCACGAGUAGCAUGGCCAUUUGAAAUAGAUCCAUCUUCCGUUCUGGCUUGUUUCGUUCGGCAAUUUGAAUCAGUUUGUAGUAUAAUGCAAGAUUUGAAUAGAAUGAACAGCACGCACGCUUGCAUCGGAAGCGGCCAUCGAAGAUCUGAUGGUGCAGCCAAGAAGAUCAAGUACGACGUCAUCGGACUGACCGAGACGAGACGACGUCACUCUCUCAACGCUGUAUUUGAAACUGGAGAAGAACUGUUCUUGGAACAUGCGACAGUAGAGGUGUUGGUGGGUUGGCGUCCUCGUCAACGAGUUGGCACGAAAUCGACUCUUUCGAACAACUCACGACCCGAAUCGGACGUCUGCGGAUGA